AUGGAUCAGGAGCUGCGCGAGGGCUGGUUCGUAACGGUGCUGACGCCGCUGCCCUUCGCCCUGCGCUUAGGCAGCAGCGCGGGCAGGGUGGGGAGCAGGAAGGCUCAGCAGAGCAGCCUGCUCCAGGCCUCCUCCUCAAGGCACUGGACAUCCCAACUUGUGCACAACUCUUGCUUUGCAACUGACUUGACUAUGGCAUCGGAAAAGAAGACCACAAAGAACGAUCCACUAAAGGCUAAAGAACAGCAACAAGUGAGUGCUGUUAACAGGGUAACCAACUUGCCCUUGCUGAACUCUGCAUUCAACCUGGUCUCGUCUGCCUACAAUUACACUAAGGAGACGCACCCUUGCCUCGGCAGCGCCUGCAGCGUGGCUGAGACAGUGGCUGCUGUCGCAGUCGGCAGCGUGGUUGGUGGUGCACAGCCCAUUCUGAACCAACUGGAGCCACAAAUUGCACUCGUAAAUGAAUAUGCCUGUAAGGGAUUGGAUCAGCUGGAAGAGAACUUGCCUUUUCUUCAACAGCCAGCAGAUAAGGUCAUCUCAGACACCAAACAGCUGGUUUCUGCCAAAGUGACAUCUGCUAUGGCAGUUGCUUCUACUAUUACUGCUGCUGUAGGGGCUGCCCAGGGUGCAAAGGAUCUCGUGACCAACAGAGUAACUGAAGCAGUGGACCUAACCAAGGAGGCUGUUCAGGAUGGUGUCGAGAAGACCAAAUCAAUGGUUGCUUCCACAGUCAAUACAGCUCUGGAUGCUGCAAUGGGCCAAGCAGUGGCAGGUGGUGUGGAAUCUGUCCUGGGCAUAUCAGAAAAUCUGGUGGAUCACUAUCUCCCCAUGACAGAGGAGGAACUGGGCCAGCUUGCCACUGCUGUUGAGGGAUUUGAAAUGGCAUCUGUGGAGGAGCAGAAACAGCAGCAGAGUUACUUUGUGCGUCUGGGUUCCCUCUCUAACAAAGUCCGGCACCGAGCCUACCGGCACUCCCUGAACAAACUGCGGCAUGUUAAGCAAAGCACCCAGGAUACUCUCUCCAGACUGCAACUAGCAAUAAACCUGAUUGAAUGCGUGAAAAAUGAGGUCGGCCAGAAGCUUCUGGAUGGGCAGGAGAAACUCCAUCAGCUAUGGGUAGAUUGGAGCCUGACCCAGCCGAAGGGACAUCAAAUUAAAACAGCCUCCCUAACAGAGGUAGAGUCACGAACUCUAGCUAUGCUGCGUAUCAUCACCCAGCAGCUACAGCCUGCUUACAAGAACCUGAAAGCCAGCAUCCAAGGCCUCCCCAGCAACAUCCAAGAAACUGUACAUCAAGCCACUCAAAACAUCCAGAAGCUCCACACUUCUUUUUCCAGUGCUAAGUCCUUCCAGGACCUCUCCCACAGCACCUUGACCCAGAGCCAGGACUCCGUUCUUCGGGCCCAGAUGACCAUCGACGAGCUGCUGGCCUACGUGGCGCAGCACGCGCCCCUGCCCUGGCUCAUGGGGCCCUUCGCCCCCGUCCUCGUGGAGUACCCCGAGGACAGCCCCGUGGACAUGGCCAAGUGGGACGGCUGCCUGGCCGUCGGCGGCAGCCACCGGGCGCCCGGCUCGCCGCGCCUCUGCAGCGAGUUCUGAGCACCGAGGCCAGCGCUCGCCUGGCCCCCCCGGGGCUGCGACGAGCCCGCGCGGCGAAACUCCGGGAUGCGGCGGCCAGCCGGUCUCUGGACCUCCUCCGCGCCCGGGCACCCGCUCCGGGAGGAAGAGGAUGGCGGCACGGUGGUGGCUCCCGCGGCGCUGAGAACGGAGCGUGCGUCCGGCCCCCCCCGCGGUGUCCCCGAGCCCGGGGAGCGCCGGGAUUUCUAGUCCCGCCAGCGUGAAAGCACUUUAAAGAAUAAAAAAGAAGCCUUUGAGCCUCA